GGGGUCCAACAUCCACGAAGCUCCCCCCACCCCCCUCCUCCACUUCCACAGCACUUGGGACCCCCGUGUGUGCGUGUUAAAGCUCCUCCGUGAAACAGGAAGCGGCGAGGCGGAGGGAAGUUUCCGUGGAUUUAGCAGCGCGGGAAGCUUCACGUGUGGUUUUUGUCGCUGAGGGGUUUCUUCUUCUUCGCUCGGUUUUAUCGGUACAGCAGGAAAAUUGCUUGGUGCAGCUGCAUCGGGGAGAAGGCUCUGGAGGAGGAGACACUGCGGGACGUGAUGACUGACAAACAAGCGGCGACAGAGGAGAUAGUACCAGAUACCAUGGCUAAUCCUUCCCCAGCAAAGAGCAUGGGCGACCCUGGAAUCACUCCACUGUCUCCUACACACACUCAGCAGAACGACACCGACCAGGUUCAGACACAGCUCUCCUUUGUGGUGGUGGUUGCCAUUGACUUUGGCACCACAUCCAGCGGUUAUGCUUACGCAUUCACCAAGGAGCCAGAGUGCAUUCACACCAUGAGACGUUGGGAAGGCGGAGACCCUGGUGUGUCCAAUCAGAAGACUCCAACCACAAUCCUGCUGACUCCAGACAGGAAGUUCCACAGUUUUGGCUAUGCUGCUCGCGACUUCUACCAUGACCUUGACCCCAGCGAGUCAAAACAAUGGCUCUACCUAGAAAAAUUCAAAAUGAAGCUCCACACCACUGCUAAUCUGUCCACUGAAACAGACCUCCAUGCAGCCAACGGGAAGCGAGUGAAAGCUCUGGAUAUCUUUGCAUAUGCAUUGGCCUUCUUCAAGGAGCAAGCACUAAAGGAGCUGAGUGACCAGACAGGUGGUGACUUUGACAACAACGAUGUGAGAUGGGUGAUCACAGUUCCUGCCAUUUGGAAAAUGCCGGCGAAGCAGUUCAUGAGGGAAGCUGCCUAUAAGUCUGGUCUGGUGUGCCGUGAAAACCCAGAGCAGCUGAUCAUCUCUUUAGAACCCGAGGCAGCAUCAAUCUACUGCCGCAAGCUCCGCCUCCACCAGAUGGUGGACCUGGGCACCCAGACCACCCAGAAUGGCUUCAGCCCCACUGACAAUGCAGGGAGUGCAACAAACCAAGCCAAGGAGCAUGUUCGGCGCAACCGGCAGAGCCGCACCUUUUUGGUGGAAAAUGUCAUAGGGGAGCUUUGGUCGGAGCUGGAAGAAGGAGAUCGUUAUGUAGUGGUGGACUGUGGUGGAGGAACAGUGGACCUGACUGUUCAUCAGAUCCGUCUUCCAGAGGGACAUCUGAAGGAGCUCUAUAAGGCCUCAGGUAAAAAGACCCACAGUGUAACACAAGGUGGCUUUGCUCUGUUUCCUGCACACGGUCUUACCUUGACGAAUUGUUCUGAUCAGUCACAAUCCCCUCUUUUCCCAGGUGGCCCCUACGGCUCUAUCGGUAUUGACUACGAAUUUGAGAAGCUGCUGUGUAAGAUCUUUGGUCAGGAUUUCAUCGACCAAUUUAAGAUCAAGAGGCCGGCCGCCUGGGUGGACCUGAUGAUUGCGUUCGAGUCUCGGAAGAGAGCAGCGGCCCCGGAACGUACCAACCCCCUCAAUAUUAAUCUGCCUUUCUCCUUCAUCGACUACUACAAGAAGUUCAGGGGCCACACCGUGGAACAUGCCCUACGCAAGAGCAAUGUGGAUUUUGUUAAAUGGUCGUCUCAAGGGAUGCUGAGGAUGAGUCCAGACGCUAUGAACUCCCUCUUCAAACCCACCAUAGAUCACAUCAUCCAGCAUCUCACCGAGCUAUUUGAGAAGCCAGAGGUGAGCGACAUUAAGUUCCUGUUCCUAGUGGGAGGUUUUGCUGAGUCGCCCUUGCUACAGCAUGCCGUCCAGAACAUGCUCCAGGGCCGCAGCCGCAUCAUCAUCCCACAUGACGUGGGCCUCACUAUUCUGAAAGGUGCUGUGCUGUUCGGCCUGGACCCCAGCAUUAUCAAAGUCCGCCGCUCGCCCCUCACAUAUGGUGUGGGCGUCCUCAACCGCUUUGUUGAGGGCAAGCAUCCACCAGAGAAGCUGCUGGUGAAGGAUGGCACCCGAUGGUGCACUGACGUUUUUGACACCUUCAUCGCUGCAGACCAGUCCGUGGCACUGGGUGAGAUGGUGAAACGGAGCUACACGCCGGCCAAGCCUUCCCAGCAGGUUAUCGUCAUCCACGUCUAUUGCUCGGAGAAGGAGAGGGCUGGGUUCAUCAGCGAGCCCGGGGUCAGGAAGUGCGGAACACUUCGUUUGGAUGUGAGUGGAACGGAAAGCACAGCGCCACGCCGUGAGAUCCAGACGCUCAUGCAGUUUGGAGACACAGAGAUUCGGGCCAUGGCAGUGGAUGUGUCCACUGGACGCACUGUCAAAGCUAGCAUUGACUUCCUCAGCCACUAAGUAGACCGUGAGAGCUAAUGUAACAGAAUUAUUGGAAGUAUACGAAAUGGAAAAUACAGCUUACUCACAUACACACAUAGACAUACAUACACAUAUAUACACACACAUUCACAUACAGAGCCAACAAGCUGGGGAUAUUUACUUGAAAGUGUUUAAGGAUAUUCAAUCUCAAGGCCCAUGAACAUUCUUAAACUUAAACGCGGGAUUACAGUCAACUGUAGAAUCUGAAAAGAAAACAUGCCUUUUAAGGUCUGUUUAUUCACGUCCGUCCCAGUAGUUAAUUUGCUGACAAGAUCCACAGUGUUCACACACUCAUAACAAACCCAAUUACCCCCUUAGGACACAGAUGCAUCUGCACAGGGUCAGAUUUAGGAGCUUGUUAUCAAAAUGAGUCAAACCUGAUAAUAAUCCAACACAACCAUGGUGGAAACAUUCAGAACACGUCUUUGUAUGCUUCAGUUUCUUUAUUGCCGCAGCAGGUCAUCGUAUUUCAUCAAUGAUUCUGAUUUCCACUGUACUUCACAGCAGUUCUUAGGGCCAUUCCAGUGGUUUUCAUUAUUCCUUUGAACGUUCUGUAAACCAUUAACACGUAACACAGCUACACACAGCAUAUCGAUAGAAAUCCUCUGAACAGGUUCUUAGUUACCUUAGCUGUAGUGCUGUUGCAAAGGCUAACUGUGGGUGUCAUGUUCUCACCUAAUAAAGAUGAAAUGGUUAACGUGUUAGCAAAUACCCCACUAUUCACAUGUGGAGGACAUGAGACCUGUAUGGAGACAUUAGCAUCAAUGCUUCCUCUCCUAUUUAAGUCUGUCCACCAGCUACCUGUUUCCUGUUUGCUGCUGGUCUGUGGGUUUAUCAGACGAGUGAUGAAGACAGUGAGACUGAAACAACCUGUAAAAUAGUAAAACCAAAACAGUUCGCUUAAAGAUGCUAAAAUCUGUAGAGCUGAGGAGAAACUGCAGCUUAUUGACAAAUAACCUUUUUGUUAACAGGGAAAUAAUGAUAAUGAAGAUACUUGGCUUAACGAGGGUUAACAGUUACAUACAGGAAGUAUUUGUUUUAGUCCAGUUAGAGCUGUUAAAUACACAACAGCUCAAGAGGAAAAUGCCAACUUUAUAGAUUCAGGUUCUUAUUCACCCUCCUAAAUGACUAGGUACUGAAGAAAAUCACAUAUUACCACAAAGGUACAGCGUUUAAAACUCAAACCAACCAGUAAAACUUUUCAAUCAUGCAAAGCCACCAGUCUGGUUCUAAAGGAAUGUGCUGUGAGCUCAGUCUGAAAAUCAAGUGCAGCCAUCAGAUGUGCUUAAUUGUUGCCUUUAUUUCUUUUUGCUUGUGACUAAUAGAUGUGGACUAAACACCACUUGCUCACUUGAAUAUUUUGAAGCCAUGUGUGACUCCAGUCGAGAGAAUGAAGUGUGUUUAUUUCUGUAAAUACAGUAUUUAAAUAUUGUACAGAUUUAUAGCCUUGUUUCAGCAGCUUUAGAACCAAGAGCGUGUGUGUGUGCUUGAGUUUGUGUGUGUUGGUGUGUGUGUGUGAGUGCGUGUGCUUUCUCAUGAACAUCUCAACAUUUAUUUCCACACCAGCCAUAAGCAUGAGAGGCCCAGGCAGGUUUGAUUGCCUUGUUCAUUCAGAAUGAGAGAUUUAAUGUGUUGCCAGUUUUUUUUUUUUUUUGCAAACAUGAAGAAACUUGAAUACCUCUGUCCUUUGAGUGAACAGGUCUGCUGUUAGUUUUGAAAAGAGCAGGAUCUGAAUGUGUCCAGUCCCCCUUCCCAUCCACCCUGCAGCACAGCUUCUGCAGGGAUUUCAUUGUGAUUCAUUGCAAAUUCAGCAACUAAUUAUUUCCAAGAAAUAAAAACUAGAGCUGUCAAAUAUAUUAAACAUGUUUGUUUGUGUUUUACAGCUGAGGCAUAGUCACACGAGCCAAAAGCCACAGUUCCACAUGGCUAUGGAAGGUUAACAUUUCAAGUCUUAAUUGAAAGAGUGCCUAGUGUGAAGAAAUUGUGAUGUCGGGAGUCACUCAUCCAAUCGGAACAUGCGGUGUGUUCCUUCACCCUCUUGACGAUAUACUGAAGCUUUAUAUACGUGUGAGCUCAGACUUAAUCACUGAGAAUCACACUGAUCCAAACAUCAACACGCUCAUCUAACGUCCUCGUGAAAGUACGUGUGUAGGUUGAGUUAAAGGGCCAUUACUGAGUUCUCUCUGAUCUUCUAACCCUAACCCUGCUGGCAGCAAGGAGAAGGAACCCUGGUGGAAAACCUUGUUCAAGCUCAGUGAUGUAAUAACGUAAUACAUCAUGUAGCGGCUGGUGGCGGAUGGUUUGUUUCUCAUUCGGCAGAGCAGGAUUACUUAACGACUGGAAGGUGUGACAGCUAGCAUGGAAGCGUCCUCUGUUGUGCCUCUAAGGGGGGUUUGAUUCUUUAAAGGUCAAAACUGACUAAAUGAGUACUUUCAGGGGAGUGUCCUGUCCGGCCGUCUUUCUUUCCUGGUGUGACCAAAGUAGAUGUGAUGCACCAGUUGCUUUGUAAAGUGGGUUUGAUUGGCAGGUUAUCUGUCUUGAAAAGUAGAAAAAUAUGCCCAUAUGUCCAUAUGUACUUUGCCUCCAUAAUCCAGUAAAAGAUUUGCACCGGUUGCAGUUAAAUACACAGAUUUCAUUCAAAAACAUUCCUGUGAUAAAUGCUGCGGUGUCCGAGGACCUUGGUCUGAAAGUUGCAUUUGGUUUUCCUUCCUGGUUCAGCAGAUCCAGAGGGAGACUGUGCAUCCAGUUCAAUGCAUGACCAUGUGUCCCCACAGCCCAACACAGAUCAGUGGGGAAUCACGUGUCACACAGACUCUUAGCUGGUGAAAUGUUGCAGAGCUGGACAUGAAACAUAAAGAGGCAACAUAUCACCAUGAUGAAUACUUAAAGAACAAUAAACCAAGUAAUCACUGAGUCGUUGGUAUUGAUCAACAACCCACACAGAUAUAUUAGUAAUUAUAUGCUGCAGUGUUCUGGAUUAUAACCACUUUUAAAGCCAUUUCCUUUGAUUCCUUAUUUUAACUGUGAAUGGAAAGUUGUCUCGCUCAGUGUCUGUGCACAAUUAUGCACAAGCUUCAAUGCUCUUCACUCCUACCGGCACUGUCUGCAAUGCAUGUUUCGCAUGUGUCACACAGGAAUGACUACACAACACGUCGCUUUUACUAGUACACAAAGUUAGGGUUACUACUGACGAUGAAGAUGGUGAUGAAGAUGGAAACUGCGGUCUUGGUUGUGUGUAAAACCCGGCUGCUUUCUGAGCUGUUGUAGAUAAUGUUACUGAUGGCAGCUCCUAACGCCCAUAGCAGGGCCACACAUACUGUACUGAUGAUGACUAACCUUAUAACCUUUGAUUCCUACUACACUUCACUGCUCUGACUAUUGAUGGAUCUCAAGUGGAAAGCUAUUAUAACACCACGGUCUGUUUGCGUCCUUGGAUAGAUAAUGACAUUAUUGUAUUUUGUUUGGCUUUGAGUAUUACACGAUGCACAGGACGCAAUUUUGUAGCAGCUUUAUAAGUAAAGCUAUGAUAAAAUGAUAUGAAGACAUGUAUUAGCUUUCUGUUGCUGGCACAUAAGGCAGCUGAUGCCAGAGGUGGAGUAUUUGAGUGGGUGUGAUUUGAGGUAGCAGCUUGCAUCAUGUACAAGUAUCUGCUUUACACUAUCUAGACAAAUAUAAUAGCAAAUAGGUUAAAAAAAAUGGCAUUUAAACUGAUUGAGCUUGUAGUUAGGAUCCUCUCAGCCACUGUGGAACUUAACACAAUGUAAACUUUGUUCUUUUGGCCUUUACUGAUGAUGCAAAGGAGUUUUAUUUGUGUUUUUUUUUUUUAUCUUCAGUUACUUAAAUGUGUUGUUCUCUUUCAAUCUUCACAAUGUAAUGGAUAUUUUUCUUGAUAAAUGCCAGGUAUUCACUGUCAGACUGUCACCAAUAAAAUGUAUGAUUAUUUCAAACAACA